AUGAACCCUAAUAGAUCUGGGAAAACUUUUAUUGGAGCGGCAUUUAAACUAAUCCUUAAGACCAGAGCUUACCCUGGCCCAGAGAGGAAAUAUUCGAUACACCGUUGCUACAGCGGCAUACUUCACCAGUUUCCAUAUCUGUUGCAGAUUUCAACCUGUGAAAACGCCCUUGCGUCCCAGACAGGUAGGAGAGGCAGGGACACUGCAGAGAGGCUGCACUGUCUCAUGCAAGAUCGCAACUCCAAAUGGAAAAUAAACGCACCGCAACCACCACAAGCUGAAGUAAAAGUCAACAUUUGGGAAAUAAAGCCUCCUGAUUUUAGUUAUAAACUGUAUACAUCUUUGAGGCUUGCAGGAAAGCCAUCAAGGACCAUCAUGCAAGAAGAAAGAAGAAAAAUCCCUGACUUUCCAGGAAAAAUGGUUCCCCUUCCCAGCCUAAGGAAUCCUCCCAAGAAGGCCAUAUCUCCUAAAUUUAUAACUACAUUUCCACGUCUGGAUUCACAAAAAGCAAAGUUAAUGUUUGUGGAGAGUGGAAAAUAUCCAAAUGGUGUAUACCUUAAUCCAAAACCACAUGACUUUCGACAGGUACAAAGUAAUUUACCAAAUUUUGUGACGACUUAUGAAAAAGAUCCUUUUGGAUUAAAAUUUAAGUCACAACAUUUAAGUACAGUAAGUGGAUGCCCAUUGCUGAAAAAUGGUCAACAGAACAGCACAGAAAGAUUUAUCACCUACAAGCCUUGUGAAUGCGCCUGGGAUUCAAAGCUAAUUUUACCAAAAGCCCCUUGGCCCGUUAAAUCUGCUUCAUACACAAGACACAGAAGGCGGCGGGAUGCAUACAGUGCAUUUAUGGAUCGUGUGGAAGAAAAGUUUAAUAAGACAUGCAAGACAAUGGGCGAAAAUUUUAAGAUUUCUUGUUAA